AUGCAGCAAACAAAGACAGGUGUCCACUCUAUCAGUGCUCAACAGAGCAAGAAGCUGUUGAUCUUGGAUGUUGAUGUUGGGAUAGAUGAUUCCCAGGCACUGAUGAUGGCUCUGACAGCUCCCAACGUGCACAUCCUGGCAAUAACCUGCACCCACGGUAACUCGGGCAUCGAGAACGUGUGCGCAAACGUGCUGAGUGUGCUGAAACAGUGUAACAGGAUGGAGAUCCCUGUCUACCGUGGAGCAGGCACCACUCUCCUGGGUGCACUCCAUCCCAAUGCCGCUUCCCAUGGGAAGAAAGGAGUGGUCGAUGCUCCCCAUCCCGAUGCUAAGUGCAUGGAACAUAUACAUGCCGAACACGCGGUGGAUGCCAUGGCACGGAUAGUUAAUGAACACCCCGGGCAGGUCACACUUGUUGCACUUGGACCCAUGACCAACGUGGCCCUGGCUGCCAAGAUGCAUCCCACCUUUGCUUCAAAGCUGAAGAGUGUGUACAUCAUGGGUGAAUACUUUGAAGCUCAAGAUAAUGUGAGAGUCUGCGGUGCGUUCAACUUUUUCACAGACCCAGAAGCAGCUUCCAUUGUGCUGAGCCACUUUAGUUGUCCCAUCAACAUCACCACCUUGGAAUUUUGCCUCCGCCAUCGUAAGCCCAUGUUCUUUUAUCGCACAUGGGUGAUUCAAGAAAGCGAAAAGGGUCAGUCGAUGAAGAAGGUGACUGCACAAACUACAGACUCCGCCCAGCAAGCCCAAAGUGCCAAGGUGUUGCAAUUUGGAAGUGGCACUGUGUCCUAUGAUUCGUACACAAUGGCUGCUGCCAUCGAUGACUCGAUGGUGAAGGAGCGCGCCCAGUACGGGGUGGGUGUGGAGUUGCACGGUUCACUGACCAGGGGCAUGUUGGUCGUGGACACCCUCAACAUCCUGAAGCUUCCACACAAAGCCACCGUCUUCGUGGAUUGUGACAUGGAAAAGUAUAAGAUGCUGCAGAUUAAGGCCCAGCAAUAAGAUGCGGUACGUCCCACACGGAAGAACAUAAAGCCAGCAGUGCCAGAGUUACAAUUAUGCACGAUGCAAACGCUAACGCCAAUAAAAUUUAUGCUUUAUUUUAAUGUUAAUGGGGUAAUGAUAUCUUAAAAACAUCAGUGAAACUGGGUAUUUACUGCUUAUGGUGGCUUUUAUUAUACUGAUUAUAAAGGCUUUAAUGUCAACUGAAUUUUAGGUUGCAGAUUAAGUCGUAGAUCUGUUGUUAAAGUGGAAAAUAUUUACACAGACCUAUUCUGAGAAAGUUAAAGAGAAGGCUUGAAAACUGCAAUGGAUUUUGCAUUCUCGUCUCAUAAGAUUUCCCAACCCUGCCCUGAAUCUGAUUCUGAGGCCAUCAUUAAUUAUUUGUUAUUUACUUUAGUUUACUUUGGAGACACAGCGUGGAAACAGGCCCUUCGACCCAUCGAGUCCGUGCCAACUCUACCGCUGCGCCACUGUGCUGCCCCCGUUAUCUCGAGAGCUGCCUAUUCCAAUGCCGCGCUGGUUUCCAUCCUAUUUCUUGCCAUCUUAAAAUUAACCAAAUCACUGCCAUCACUCCUCAUCACCCUCUGUUCAAUUGUCCACGACCUACAAAUCCUCCUCUCUGCCCACCACCCCCAGGCCUCAGUUCUCCACCUCUGUUAUCUUCUCCAGUCCUGUAUCACCUCCUCUAACCAGUGUCAGCACAGUGAAGGCCGUGCGCUCUAGGUGUCUCUUCCUAAACCUCUCCACCCCUCGUUCUCCUCCCCUGCAGGGAUAUUAAUGGCCAUCUUAUAUCCUGUGUGAUGCAGCCUUUAAUUUGAUUCGUAUUAUAAAGCCACCCUAUAAAUCCAUAUCAUUGUUUAUUAAGGUGUCUAAUUUGCUUUGGGUACAUUUUUGGGGGGAUCAGCGAUCCUUUUAAAGCAUGGGUUGCCUUGAAAUUUCAAGCUGUUAAAACUCCACAAGGGGACCGACCAAUAACCGCUUGGAAAAUAAUCUUCAUUUAUUCUGAUGCAUGGAAACUCUAUCUUGAUAUAAAUGGGCUUUGCCUUUGCUAAAUCUGGUGGUGCGGGGUUGCUAUUUCUAAAUUUGUGAAUCAAUAAAAAAAUAAAGUUAGCAUGGAACUAAACUGCCUUGAAUGUGUUUAUCUUCAUCCACACAUCUGAAAUACACUUGGAGUCUUGGCACUAAUCAUGGAAGCAGCUGUCCAUGCAUGAGUAGGGAUGUCUC